AUGGAGGAGAAACGAACCCUAGCUUCGUCCGGAGACUCUCCGGCAUCCGAGCCUUCGACGCGGCGUCGUUUGAAACGCAAAUCGAAUGCUCUAGGGACAUCCAAUUCCUCUUCUUCCAAGCGGAUGUUCACGCGGGAGAAGGCGAUGCUUGCUUCCUUCUCUCCUGUCCAUAACGGUCCUUUAACUAGAGCUCGGCAAGCGCCUAGCAACAUGCCGUCCGCGGCUGGGGUGAAGUCGGAGGUGUCGAGUGCCGCGGCGGCGGUGGUGGUGGGUGCGGAUGGUGAGAAGGAGGAGGAGGAGAGGGAGAAAGCGAUCCGUGAGUGGGAGGAUAAGAUCGAAGCGGAGUUCGAAGGGAUUAGAUCUCGUGAGAGUAGUGUUCAUGUGGUGCCUAAUCAUUGCGGUUGGUUUUCAUGGGAAAAGAUUCACCCGCUUGAAGAACGCUCAUUGCCCUCUUUCUUUAACGGCAAGGUGGAAGGUCGCACUUCUGAGGUGUAUAGGGAAAUACGGGAUUGGAUCAUGAAGAAGUUUCAUUCCGAUCCGAACACACAGAUAGAAGUAAAAGACUUAGCAGAACUCGAGGUUGGAGAUUCGGAAGCAAAGCAAGAGGUGAUGGAGUUCUUAGACUACUGGGGCUUAAUCAAUUUUCACCCAUUCCCAUCACCAGAUGCUAGUUCUAUUCCCGGUGAUAAUGAUGAUUUAGGGGAUAAGGAGUCUCUGCUUAACAGUUUAUAUCGUUUUAAAAUAGAUGAGCCUUCCCCUGCUCUUGUUCACAAGCCUCGUCCCACAGCACAAGCUACGCCUUCAGGGUUGUUCCCAGAUCCGGUGGCUGGUGAUGACUUGUUGAAGCAAGAGGGUCCAGCGGUCGAAUAUCACUGCAACUCCUGCUCAGCUGAUUGCUCUCGCAAGCGCUACCACUGCCAGACGCAGGCGGAUUUUGACUUGUGUACGGAAUGCUUUGACAGUGGCAAGUUCAGUUCAGAUAUGUCAUCUUCCGACUUUAUACUAAUGGAUUCUGCUGAAGCUCCUGGCGUUGGUAGUGGGAAGUGGACUGAUCAAGAGACUCUUCUUCUCCUUGAAGGUAUAGAAAUCUUCAAAGAUAAAUGGAGUGAGAUUGCAGAGCAUGUUGCUACAAAAACAAAAUCUCAGUGUAUGCUUCAUUUUCUUCAAAUGCCAAUCGAGGAUGCAUUUCUUGAUCAAAUCGAAUUCAAAGAUCCAAGUACAAAAGACGCUACAGAUUUAGCUGUGUCCAAAGAUGAUAAAUCUGUACUAAAAGAUGCACCUGAAGAGACAGAGAACAAAAAUUCUGUUAAUGAAGUUGAAACUGUGAAGGAAGCUCCAGAAACAGAAGAUGACAGUGAUGGAAAAGUUCCUCAGGAAUCUUCGAAGCCUGGAGAUGCGAGUGAGAAAACUAAUGAAGUGGAAGCCGAACAGAAAACGCCCAGGAUAGAAACCGUCACUGAUGGAAGAUGUAAAGAUGAGGCUGAUGAAAACACUGCUCUGAAAGCUCUGACUGAAGCUUUUGAAGACGUUGGUUAUCAUAUCACACCCGAAGCCUCUUUAUCCUUUGCUGAUUUAGGAAAUCCUGUCAUGGGACUGGCAGCUUUUCUGGUGAGAUUGGCUGGAUAUGACGUUGCUACUGCUUCAGCCCGGGCUUCCAUAAAAUCUCUUAAACGCAAUUCUGGAUUGCUGCUUGCCACACGACAUUGUUUUGUUCUCGAAGAUCCACCAGACAACAAGAAGAAUUUAACUGAAUCAAAAAGUGUGGAUGCAGUGGGGAACGAUGAUAGUGCCCAUAAAGAUGAGCAGCCUAAAGAAAAAAGCCAGAAAGCAGAAGAUGUCUCCUUGAAUACAGAUGAUCGGGAAAUGACAGAUGCUGAUCCAGGCAAGGAAAAUCAGGACUCAGUCUCUGAAGAAAAGCAGCCUGGUUCCCGAACUGAAAACUCUGCUAGAAAUCCAGAUUCUGAAGGACUAAAAAGAUCUAGUAAGUCAGUCGCAACUGAAAAUUCAGAGGAACCAGCGGAUAUUAGUUGUACAUCGAAGGACAAAUGUUCAGGAAAAGAGAACCAAAAAACUUUAAAGGAUAGAAAGAAGCUUUCAAGUGAAAAUAAAGACGUCUCUCAAGCAACUGUCUCCCAGUCAGCUGCAGAUGCUUCGCAGCCAGAAGCAUCAAAAGAUGUGGAGAUGAAGGAUACAUCACCUGCAGAGAAGGACCCUCAAGAUAUGGUCAAAACAGUAGGCGACGAGUUUGAACCAGCUAAGGAGAGUCCAAAGGAUGUUCUUGUUAUGCCAGAGUCUUCUGUUGCACAGCAGGCCAUUGGAUCAGCUUCUGUACCGGAAAAUGGAACAGAUGAUGAAAAUCCAAAUAAAGAGAAGGAUGUCUCUGAAGAGACAAAAGACAAACAUAACAGUGAUAAGCUUAAGCGCGCAGCUAUCUCUGCUCUCUCAGCUGCAGCAGUAAAGGCAAAGCAUCUUGUGGAGCAAGAAGAAGAUCAAAUCCGACAACUUUCUGGAUCUUUGAUAGAGAAGCAGUUACGUAAACUUGAAGCAAAACUAUCUAUAUUCAACGACGCUGAAAGCUUGACAUUGAGAGUAAGAGAGCAAUUAGAGAGGUCAAGGCAACGGCUAUACCAUGAAAGGGCACAGAUCAUAGCAGCUCGACUCGGUGCCCCACCUCCAAUGUCCUCAAAAGCAUCACUACCAACAAACAGAAUCGCUGCAAAUUUUGCUCAAAGACCUCCCAUGGGUAUGGCCUUUCCACGCCCACCAAUGCCAAGGCCUCCAGGUACAUCAUCAUUCUCUGUUCCUAGUUCACUUGCAGUUUCAACAGCAGUGACCGGAAGCUCAGGUCCACCUCCAGGUUCAGACAAUGUUUCUUCGGCUUAG